GCGCGCUUGAGCGGCUCCCGCCCGCUGAUUGGCCGGCGGGCACGUCCCCUGCGGCGCGCGCUGACCUUGCCGCGCGGAGCCACAGCCAUGGUGGCGUAUUGGCGACAGGCCGGGCUCAGCUACAUCCGCUACUCGCAGAUCUGCGCCCAGGCGGUGCGGGCCGCCAUGAAGCCGCAGUUCAAAGCGGAGGCGGAGAAGGCAGCGGUGGCCACGGUGAAAACGGUGAAACCCAAAAAGGAGUGAAAUGAGCUGAUCUGUGGUGAAUAACAGCAAACUGCAAAGCUGUAGGCAAGCUCAAGACUGCAGUGUAAUGUCAUCACAUGAACUGUAGAACUUGCCUCUAUGUAAAUUGGCAAGCUAAUAAAUGUAAUUUCUGAAUGUGUGGAAA